AUGUGGAAGCGCUUCCACAACGUGUUGCGUUCGAGGCAUCGGAAGCGCUUGGAGAACUUUGGAAAGGAUGCGCCUAGUGGCGACGCCAAGGUCUUGGAUGAUUGCCGACAGCUGCUGAAGGAUGAGGAUUGGUUCGCUCGGAAGGUGGCAGUGGAGACCAUCGCCAAGGUUUCCAAGAAAGGUGAUGAGACGCAGUUGUCAUUGUUGUACACGGCCCUGGAGGAUGAUGACAUCUUCGUGCGGGAG